AUGGCGACUGGAGAGUACUAUCAUGGUCAACGACGCAGCUACGCCGGCGCCCUCUGCACCGUCCGCUACUUCGGUCCUCUCCGCAACGCAAAGGGCGAGUGGCUCGGCGUGGAAUGGGAUGAUCCCAGUCGCGGGAAGCAUGAUGGGCAACAUGAAGGGAGGCGAGUCUUCCGGUGUCUUUCAUCUUCACCUACUGCUGCGUCCUUCCUGCGGCCGUCCAGGAAGCCGGACCAGGAGAGAACGCUCCUGGAGGCGAUCAAAUUCAAAUACGCCCCGAGUAGCGUCCCCGGUCGUCACGAUGUGGACGCUGCAAUUGCAAUCUCCGGAAAGGUCGUCGAAGAGGUCGGUUUCGAGCGCAUCCAGGAGCAGCUGUCGGUGCUCGCCGACUUAAAGAUCGUGCUCGUCGACGAGUUGGUCCUCUCGGGCAUCGCGCCGCGUGCCGCCUCAGCAGAAGACAUCCGCAAGGCCCAACACGACCUCGCUCAGACGUGCCCGAACAUCACAGAGCUGGACGUGGGCUGGAACGUCGUCGAGACCUGGCAAGAUGUGCUGGACAUGUGCGCGCCUCUGCGCAAGCUGAAGAUCUUGAAAGCAGGCGGCCUGCGGCUACGGGACUUCAAGGCGAGAGUUCCAAGGGAGCAUCCCUUGCGGAGCAUCAACGAGCUGUACCUCAAUGAGAAUCUGCUCACGCCGGACCAGAUCGUCGAGAUCCUGUUCUUCGAGAGACAUUGCAACUUUGAGUCUCUGCGGACUCUGUCCCUAUCGCUCAACGACCUCACCUCGCUCGACUUUGACGCCAGCGCCGCCGACGACGACUGGCGGCGAUGCUCAUCCGUCACGAGCGUCAUCCUUGACAACAACAAGUUCACCCGUCUAUCCUUCCUACCGACAUUGUUUGGCCUGUUCCCGUACCUGACGUCGCUCUCGCUGCAAGGGAACACCGUCUCCGCGGUCGGCCUGGACUCGGCGGCGUCCUUCUCGACGCUCGAAACCUUGAACCUAGCAGGCAAUCGCAUUCAGGAGUACUCAUUUCUCGACCACCUGCCCAUCCUCUUUCCAAACCUCACGUCUCUCCGCAUCUCACGGAACCCUCUAUACGAGCCGGUGAACGACCAAGACGAGGCAGACGGGUCCGCGGCGGGUGCUCGACGCUCACACGCUCGCAGUUCCACCUCAGACUCGACGUCCUACUACUUGACUCUCGCACGAAUCCCGGGCCUAAAGUCAUUGAACUACACCACCAUCACCCCGCGCGACCGCGAAGAAGGCGAGAUUUACUACCUCUCUGUCGCAGAGAAAGAAAUCAAAACCAUCCUGGCAGGCACCGAUCAAGCCAGUGGCAACACUACGACAGACAGACUCUCUCUAGCCCGUCAGAAACACCCACUAUACUCGACCCUGUGCGCAAAAUACGACCGCGACGAUCUCCUCCAGAUAUACGUGCAAACCCAAUCUUCGGCCCCGACUUCUUCGCUGCCCGCCGCCGACGACGACGACCCCAAGAACCACACGCACACCCACACGCACACCCACACCCACACGCACACCCACACCCACUACGCCCCCGGCGCGCUCGGCUCCCGUCUAGUCGACGCAUUCUUCUACAUUCCAUCCCGCGCGGCCGGUUCCGCUGGGGCCACAUCCCCGCCGCCUCCAUUCCACCGCCUCCUCCCCACCACGAUCUCCGUCUUCCGCGUCAAAUCGCUGGUGGCACGGCACUUUGGGCUCCCCGCGCUGAGUUUCGCGCUGGUAUACGAAUCUCACGAAUACGAUCCCGUCGAACCAAUCCACAGCACGAGAAACACGGGCCUCGGGACUUGGGGCAAAGAAUCGUGGGACGGGUGGGGUGAUUGGGACGUCGAUCAGUCGGAGGACGACGACAACGAGGAGGAGGAGGAGGAGGAGGAGCAGGAGGAGAGAAGCGAGCAUCGCCCGUUGCGCGGAGGCGGCGACACUAAGACUGAAAGUGAACGUGAAAGUGACAGAGCAGACGCCGAGGCUUCCAUGCCCAUGUUCAUCGUCCGCGAGGGCCACCGGUUCAAGAAACGUGAGACCUACAUCUUGGAUGGGAUGAGGCCGUGGGGGGACUUUUUGGAUGUGGAUGAUCCUGCUCCUCCUCUUCCUCCUCCUGCUUCGGCCCCUGGCCGGACGAGGCGGAGGAGGGAUGUUAGGGUGCGUGUGGAGCUUGGGCCGAAAUCAGAACCGAAGUGCAAGGGAAGAUAG